AGAGAGAGAGAGGGAGAGAGAGAGAGGGGGAGGGGUUAGGGUUCGAGCUCAAAAAUGGAGGUGGAGGUGAGGGUGGUGGGAGGGAUCGAGAGCUGCUUCGUCUCCCUUCCCCUGCACGUCGUCCGUGCCCUCGAGCAAACCCGCGGCGGCGGCGGCGGCGGAGGUUUCUCACUCCCUCCAGUGCUCGCGCUCGAGCUCCGCUCCCUCUCCUCCGGCGAGCGAUGGAGCCUCGCGUGGUCGGGCUCGGCCUCCAGUUCCUCCGCAAUCGAGGUAGAUCAGAAGUUUGCAGAAUGUCUUUCGUUGCCCGAUCGCACAAUAGUUCAGUUAAAAGUAGCUUCUGCUUUCCCAAAAGCCGAAUUUGUAACCAUAGAGCCCAGUAGCGAAGAUGACUGGGAAAUAUUGGAGCUUAACUCGGAGUUGGCUGAGGAGGUCAUUUUGAAACAGGUUGGUCUUGUCUACGAGGGUAUGAAAUUCCCGUUGUGGUUGCAUGGGCAUAUUGUUGUGGAAUUUCUUGUUGUUUCAUCUCAUCCUAAGAAGUCAGUAGUUCAACUUGUCCCAGGAACGGAAGUCGCCGUUGCACCGAAGAAGCGUAAAGUAAAAGCCGAUCAGUAUCAGAACGGCCAAAAUGGAAGCUUGGGAAAGGAACAGGUUGCAGGAAAAGCACUUCUACGUGUUCAAGAAGCAGAGAGGAGACGUGUGCAUACUUUUGAAUUUAAAGGCGCCGAGUUGGGUGUUUCACUUACAUCAGUCGUUUUCAUACAUCCAGAAACAGCUAAAAAGCUCUCCUUUGAUAAUCUUCAGUUGGUUACGAUCUUCCCUAAAUUAGUACCAAAGGAGAGUGCUCAGAACCAAAAAGAUGUUGCCCUAAAGAAAGGUCCUAAAGAGAAUAAAGAGGUGUUGUUGCCUAGUAAAGAAACAACUACAAAUUUAAUUGUUCGUAUACUACUUUUGGACUCGGUAGCAAAAGGACAUGUUAUGCUUCCUCAGUGUCUUCGCCAUUUCAUAAGAGCAGGUUUACACUCAUGGGUGUAUGUGAAAAGAUACUGCCUUAAUUCAAGGAAGGAAGUUCCGUAUAUGACUCUUUCUCCUUGUUGGUUUAAGAUGAUCAGGAAGAAGAAGAAGAGGGCUACUGAUGAUGAUGAAAUAGACAUUAAUGACAGGGACUCGGACAAUAACUUUUUCUUGAAAGAGAGUACUCUUUCGAAGGAAAUUCUUGUGGAUGGAGAUAAAGGGGGUGAUUUUAAAUCUCAGUUGAAAUAUGAGAAGAAGUUUCUUAUCAAGUCAUGGCUCAUUGGACAAAUCAAAGCUAUUUCUUCCCAAAUUGGUCAAACACCUCUAACUUCUGUGGUUUUACCAAAUCAAAAUUUGCUUCACUUCGAAGUGAUUGAUAAAAAAUUGGGAAACAAAACAAAGGAAAAAUCUGCAGUUGAGCUCACUUAUUUGUUGAGCGUUUCUUUUGAUAAUUCUAAUAAUAGUGAUUCAAAUGGUUGUUUCGAGCUCUUGCCAAAUGGCAACGUCAGUGAUCUAAGUAAUUUGGAUUCCUCUCUUGGAAAUUUAGAAUUUGGUGAAGCUGUUACUGUUGACUCAGCCUCAGAAAGUGGUUUCAGCGGAAGCUUUGAACUAACUCCAUCUUCUUUGAGCUGGAUGAAGAAGGCUAUUUCAGAUGUCACAAACAGGUUAUUUGUUCUUCUGUCUCCGUCAUCUUGGAAGUUAUUAAAAAGCUUUGAUUGUCCUCUUCCAGGGCAUGUUCUUAUUUAUGGGCCUCCGGGUUCUGGAAAAACUACAUUGACCAAAGCUGCCGCAAAAUAUCUUGAGGAACACGAAGAAAUCUUGGCACACAUAGUUCAUAUAAGCUGUUCGAAACUUGCUCUUGAGAAAAGCCAGACGAUUCGACAAGCAAUUGCAGACUACAUAUCUGAGGCUAUUAGUCACUCACCUUCAGUUAUAAUUUUUGAUGAUCUGGACAAUAUAAUUUCAUUUUCUUCGGAUUCGGAUGGAUCCCAGCCAUUGAAUUCUACCACUGCUUUGGUGAAAUAUUUGACUGAUUUGAUGGAUGAAUACAGGGAGAAAAGCUGGAAUUCAUGCGGAUAUGGCCCUAUCGCGUUUGUGGCUUCAGUGCAGUCUCUUGGGAACCUUCCUCAGGCUUUGACAUUUUCAGGGAGAUUUGAUUUUCAUGUUCAACUUUCUGCUCCUGCUGUCCCUGAACGUGGAGCAAUAUUGAAGCAUGAAGUUGAAAAGCGUGCUUUGCAGUGCUCUGAUGAUUUUCUUACUGAGAUUGCUUCCAAAUGUGACGGAUACGAUGCAUAUGAUUUGGAAAUUUUGGUCGAUAGGGCUGUGCAUGCUGCUACUAGUCGAUUUUUGUCAUCUUCUGGUGAUGUCUAUACAGGAGACAGAAAACCUGCAUUAGAGAAGGAAGAUUUUGUAAAAGCCAUGCAUAAUUUUGUUCCAGUUGCCAUGCGGGGUCUCACGAAAAUAUCUCCGGAAAGUGGACGCGGUGGAUGGGAGGAUGUCGGUGGGCUUAAUGCCACACGCAGCGCCAUUCAAGAGAUAAUAGAAGUACCCUCAAAGUUCCCUAGUAUUUUUGCUCAGUCGCCUCUUAGAUUGAGAUCAAAUGUUCUUUUAUAUGGACCUCCUGGCUGUGGGAAAACACACAUAGUAGGAGCAGCAGCUGCAGCUUCUUCUCUUAGAUUUAUUUCAGUUAAGGGGCCUGAGCUUCUGAACAAGUACAUCGGUGCUUCUGAGCAGGCUGUUCGAGAUCUGUUUUCAAAAGCAGUUGCCACAGCACCUUGCCUUCUUUUCUUUGAUGAAUUUGACUCUAUCGCACCAAAAAGAGGGCAUGACAAUACAGGAGUUACUGAUCGUGUUGUCAAUCAGCUGCUAACUGAAUUAGAUGGUGUGGAAACCUUGACAGGAGUGUUUGUAUUUGCUGCUACUAGUCGUCCAGAUCUUCUUGAUGCCGCACUCCUGCGACCUGGAAGGUUUGAUCGUCUUCUAUUUUGCGAUUUCCCUCAAUGGCAUGAACGGCUAGAUAUUCUUACCGUUCUUUCGAAAAAGCUUCCUUUGGCGAGUGAUGCGAGUCUUGCAGAAAUAGCUUCUGUGACCGAAGGAUUCAGCGGUGCUGAUCUCCAAGCACUUUUGUCAGAUGCACAGCUUGCGGCAGUUCAUGAGCUUUUGGAAAGUGGAGAGAAUGACAAGCAGGUGAAAGCUCCUAUAAUCGGGAAUGAGCUUCUCCGGUCAGUUGCUUCGAAAGCUCGGCCUUCAGUCUCGGAAGCCGAAAAGAGUAGACUUUACGAGAUUUACAGCCAAUUUUCCGAGGCGAAGAAGUCAGUUUCUGCUCAGGUGAGGGACAAAAAGGGCAAAAGGGCAACUUUAGCAUGACCUUCUUCCCCAAACAGAAUUAUGCAUUAUACCAUGAGCCCCAAAGGAAAGACCUUUUCCGAAGGUAAUCACUAUUUGCUCAAGCGAUUAUCCUCGACCGUUGACAUUUAUAAACACCAUACUGAUGCUUUUUUAGAUCCAUUAUUUGGGCUUAACCCCCAAGGGUUCAAGUAUGUUUCUAAUCUGAGGAGCUCAAAUCAAGCCCUUUGUCGAGGAAGCUCGGAAUGAGCUGCAUCUACUAUUCAUCAAAACAUCGGUAGCUUCCUAUGACUCGAGGGGAAAGUACGUAAGUACAUAAGUUUGGAAUAAAUUUCUUAGACUCGGAAGCAAUUCCCAUCUCAUAUAGAUAUUGUAAAUUAUUCUUUUUUCCUUUUUAACGCACGAGCGACGCAUACAAGUAGAGCUUCUAAUCGAUCCCCACUGCAAAAAUCGUCUGUCUAGGAUGCUGAUUAGUGUUAGGAAUCCAACAAUCUGGGGGGAGGGAAUACAAAGUAGAAAAUCAGAUCUCAUAGAACAAAACAUCUCAGCAGAUUCUUCUCUUUUUUUUCAAUAUUUUUUGGAAUAAAGGGGCAAUGUUGUUAAUAAUGGUGGUGGAGAUGCUUUCCAUGUAUUCUCCGAACUGCAGAAAACAAUAAUAUGUGAAUCAUCUUUUCACUCAUAUUGUAGUCAAUUUAGGGUUCUUUUA